AUGGCCGUGGAGCGAGACCGCGACGCGGAAAUUGAGGCCAUCAAGGCAAAAAUCCGCGAGAUGAACUCCAAGGAGACGCAGAACACGCCUUUCACACACCGAAUCGCCUCCACUCCUUUCCGCCACUUCAGCAAAGUGAAGCUCCCACCAUAUGCCAGAAACACCGAUUACACGCAGUAUCUAACGGCAUUCACCAUCGCCAUAGGACGAGCUCACUUCACACCCAAAGAGCGCGAAGCCGGAUACUGCCAACUCUUCGUGGAGAAUCUGGUCGGCCCCGCCCUGACUUGGUUCUCCUGGCUGGAGACGCAUUCAAUCGAUAGUUUCAAGACGCUUUCAACCGCUUUCCUCAAACAUUAUUUUAUAUACAUCCAGCGUUCUGCCUCAACCGCCGAUCUCUGGGCCUUGAGCCAGGGACGGAAACAGUCACUAUGGUCGUUCAUCGAGCGCUUCAAAGCGACGGCCUCCCGAGCCUCGGUAUCGGAUAAGUCCGCCAUCCCAGCCUUGAGGAAGGCCUUCCAUUUCGAAUCGGCCUUCAAGGAUGAGCUAAAGCUCAAUGAGCCACGGACCCUGGAAGACGCGUUACAUUGUGCCAGGCUAUUCAUCAAAGUCGAGGAGGAGAGGGCAAGUCUCAGGAAGCUCGCUUCCCAGAAAAACCCGCCUCAAAAGGAGAAAACUCAGGACGAGUAUCAGGAGCCCCGCCAACACUACGACGAGGAAUAUCAGCGCAGGCAGGCCGCGACCUUCCUCGUCAGUGAUGCACCGACCUCAUGUCUCGUCGAAGAAGCCCUAGCUGUCUUCCACAUGGACGGCUCUCACUGCGCAGUCGAUACGCAGAACAACCGACCUGAGACAAUUAUCCCCAGCCCGUCCCAAUAA